AUGGCAAAGGGUUAUGAGGCCAAAUUUAUCAUUUCGAACACCAGGAUUUCAGAUGCAGGCAUCUACCAGUGUUCAUAUUACUUUAAAUCCAGCACUGAGAUGCGCUGUUCAGAUUACAGUGACAAAGCACACAUCAACAUAACAGAUCCUAGCAUCCCCAAACCCUCCAUCAAGGUGAAACCAGGGCUCCGGAAUGCUUUACACUCAAGCGUCAGUAUUGAAUGCCAGGGACAAGAAGAUGAUCUGAACUUCUUCCUUCGUAAAGCAAACACUGGAGAAAUAUUACAGGAAUCAUCAGCACUAGCUACAGGCACAGCCACCUUUCAUUUCUUUAAGGUUAGGAGUGAGGAUGCUGGAAGCUACAUCUGCCAAUAUCACCACAGAAGCUCUCCAUUUAUCUGGUCCGAGCCAAGUGACCCUGUGAAGCUCAUUGUGGAAGAUCCCAGUCUCCCCAAACCCUCCAUCAAAGUGAAAUCUGGUCAGCAUGAAGUAGGCAAGAAUGUUACCAUUAACUGCAAGGGGCCCAAGAGGGGCCUGACUUUCUCCUUGCACAAAUCAAAGAACUUCACAGCGCUACAGAUGUUGAAGGCAGAGGGCAACACAGCAAAGUUCUCUUUACCUCUGCUGAGACUAGAGGAUGCAGGGAACUACACUUGUCAGUAUUACCAUGGAGAAAAUCCCUUUGUUUCUUCCCAGCCAAGUGAUCCUGCACAAGUUGUUGUAACUGGUAAGAAGCUUGGUUAA